AUUGGUGCGAAGUUAGCUCCGAUUGCGCGCGCCGCCCGCCUUUCUAAACGCCCAGUCCUAACUAGCCAGUAAUUUACUCACCAUAAAAAAAUAACUUGCAAAAAAUUAUAAUAAAAAAAGGUAUAGGCGUGUUUCAUCCGCGUAUUCGAAGAUAGCUCAUUGGAAAUAAAAUUAAAAUUGAAAUGGCGCGCGACAUUGCAAUGGAUUGUUGCGAAAUGUGAAAUUCAGACAAUAUGCUGCGAUCUUUCGAUGGAACUUAGUGAGAUGAUAAAUAAAGUUGUCGUGUAUAUACUCCGAUGGUGUUAUUUGUAAUAUUUGUGUCAGUGUGGUACGUAAUUGAUUUUCUUCAGCCUACUGUAGAUCCUAUGGGACCAAAUAUCCAGAAAAAAAGACAGCGACGACUUAAACAAUUCUAAAAUGACCCUUCGUUAGUUAAUCAAUCAUAUUCCUCUAAUCUACAUAAUAAAACAACCUAGAUUGUAUAUUAAAUCACCCUUUUGUAAAUAAUUGUUUAUAUAAAGUGAAGUGUUCCCUUAAAAGUGUAGUGUUAUGAGUAAAGUGACUUUAUGAGGCGGUUCAAGUGUAAAGCGCAUGGAAUUAUCUAGAAGAAUCAACGUGAUUCGAUCGGUGACUGGAGCAUUGAUCGGCAGAAGAUGAGUGCGGUGGAGGCGAGCGCUGAUCCAGCGCCAGUGGUGAGCCCCCCGACGGAGACCCCCACCGGAGCGCCUCCAGAUGGUGCGGGCCCCCUCAUCCCGGUACCAGCGGCGCCCCGCAAACCUCCUAGACGGGGUCCCAAGGUCCAACAAGAGCGGCCGAAGCGGGCACUCUUCUGCCUCACUCUGAAAAACCCGCUGAGAAAAGUCUGCAUCGAUAUAGUGGAAUGGAAACCGUUUGAAUGGAUGAUCCUGACUACCAUCUUCGCCAACUGCAUAGCACUGGCUGUGUACACUCCCUACCCGGCCAGUGACUCCAACUAUACCAACUCUGUCCUGGAAAAAAUAGAAUAUGUGUUUCUCGUAAUCUUCACCGGUGAAUGCGUUAUGAAGAUCAUCGCGUACGGCUUCAUCAUGCACGCUGGCUCUUAUCUCAGGAAUGGGUGGAACUUGCUAGACUUCACCAUAGUGGUCAUAGGAAUGGUGAGCACGGUGUUAUCGAGUAUAUUCAAGGAUGCAUUCGAUGUUAAAGCCUUAAGAGCAUUCAGGGUUCUACGACCACUGAGGCUUGUCUCAGGCGUUCCUAGUCUACAGAUAGUGUUGAACUCAAUUCUAAAAGCAAUGAUACCACUGCUCCACAUUGCGUUGCUAGUCAUCUUCGUCAUCAUCAUCUACGCCAUCAUCGGCCUCGAACUGUUCUCUGGCAAGAUGCAUAAAAGCUGUUACAAUAAAUAUACCGAUGAGAUCAUGGACACUCCGCACCCUUGCGACGUUGACAAUGGAUUCAACUGCUCUUCUAUCGGUGAAGACAUGGAGUGCAGAGAUGGUUGGAUCGGCCCCAAUUUCGGCAUUACCAACUUCGAUAAUUUUGGCUUGUCCAUGCUUACUGUCUUCCAAUGUAUCACUCUUGAAGGUUGGACCGAUGUUAUGUACCAUGUGUUCUUUAAUGUUCUAAAGUUUUAUCCUAGAGAUCAGUUUUUGGAAGAACCACAGAUAUAUCAAUCUGUUCAGUACUCAAUGUGGAGGUGUGGUGCUGUAACACCUGUACCUAAACGUCAUCAGGUGGUCCACCACUUGACCUCCGCACUGGAUACUGAAAGUGAGUUCUCUAAGGAAAGAGAAAAAGCGAAGAACCGCGGUGAUUUCCAGAAGCUUCGGGAGAAGCAGCAGUUAGAGGAAGAUUUGAAGGGUUACCUCGACUGGAUUACGCAAGCAGAGUAUUUGGAGCCACUUGCAGAUCAGCACGAUGUCGUCGACCAGAGGGACUAUGGCAUCGGUCAAACUCAGAAUGAACAUGAUUCCACAGACCAUCUAGGUAUAGAAACGAAUGAACAGCAGAAAGUUUCCAUCACAAAAUUAUGGAAAAAAGAUUUUGAUAAGGUAAACCGCCGUAUGAAGCGCGCGUGUCGUCGCGCUGUGAAAUCACAAACUUUCUAUUGGCUCAUCAUAGUUCUCGUCUUCCUUAACACUGUCGUAUUGGCCAGCGAACAUUACAGACAACCAGAAUGGCUGGACUUGUUCCAGGAAUAUGGGAACGCGUUUUUUGUUGCAUUAUUUACUUUAGAAAUGCUAGUGAAGAUGUAUAGCUUAGGAUUACAACGAGAUGGUGCUCACCAAGACGGAGGUGAUGCCGCCGCUCGGCAUCUCCGUGCUGCGCUGCGUGCGGCUGCUCAGAGUCUUCAAAGUUACCAGAUACUGGCGCUCCCUCUCCAACCUGGUGGCGUCCCUGCUGAACUCGAUCCAGUCGAUCGCGUCUCUGCUGCUGCUACUGUUCCUGUUCAUUAUGAUAUUCGCGCUGCUCGGCAUGCAGGUAUUCGGCGGCAAGUUCAACUACGACCCCGUCGAGGAGAAGGAUCGCCACAACUUCGAUUGUUUCUGGCAAGCGCUGCUCACUGUCUUCCAGGUGAGGAUUGGAACGCUGUAAUGUACGAAGGCAUCAAAGCUUACGGUGGCGUCGGCUCCUUCGGCAUCCUCGCCUGCAUCUACUUCAUCAUUCUCUUUAUAUGCGGCAACUAUAUUCUUCUAAACGUGUUCUUGGCCAUCGCUGUCGAUAAUUUAGCAGAUGCAGAAUCAUUGACAAAUAUAGAAAAAGAAGAAGGGGGGGCUGAAGAAAAAGAAGGUGGAAGCAUUGUGGCAACCGAGGGUGGUCACGUUGAUACAGAUGAUGAAUACAUUCACGAUGAUGAUGUGUAUACAACAGACAAUUCUGAAAGAGAAUAUGAAGAAACAGGUUCUGAGGGCGAACAACAAGAAGACAUGGAGGGAGACGUAGAAGCUGACAUCGCAGAAGAAGAAAACGGCCCAGAAAGAAUAGAUGAUCACGAGAGGGCCGAGGAUGAAGAAAUGAUGGAGAGCCAUCAGAGGAACCACAUAGACAUGGAUGAAGAGCCGCGUCUCAAACGAAAACCUACGACUUCGUCGGCGCGGCCGCGACGUCUCUCGGAGGUCGAUAUUCACGACACUAAGAAACCCAUCCCCGAUGCUUCGUCCUUCUUCAUUUUUUCCAAAACAAACAGCUUAGGUGAUGAUUCGUACUUAGGCAGAAGACUGGGCAUGGAUACGGUAGCUAACAAUAAUCAUAGUGUAGUUUGUAAUACUAAAUUAGAAUUUAAAUACUGUCGUGAUCUGUUUUUAUCUCACAAAGAUGGUGGUCAAUCGGAAGAGGAGGGUACACUGGUAACGGCUCGGCCACGUCGCGUGUCCGAACUGAAUAUGCCAAAUCAGACGCCGCCAAUACCGAACGCUAGUAGUUUCUUCAUAUUUUCACCAACAAACAGGUUUCGGGUGUUCUGCUACAAGAUGUCGGCAUCCUCGACCUUCGGAAACAUCAUUUUGGUAUGCAUCAUGCUUUCAUCGGCCAUGUUGGCGGCCGAGGAUCCCCUCGAUGCGGCCCAAAAGGGUUUUCGGAAUUGGUUGCUGAGUCAAUUCGACGUGUUCUUCACUGGUAUAUUCACGUUAGAGCUGUUUCUGAAGCUGGUGACGUACGGCUUGAUCCUGCAUCAGGGCGCCUUCCUGCGUUCAGCUUUCAAUGUGCUCGAUAUGCUAGUUGUCUGCGUCUCGCUCAUUUCCAUGAGUUUUAAGUCUGGUAGUAUAUCAGUGGUGAAAAUAUUGCGAGUAUUCAGGGUGCUGAGGCCUCUUAGGGCCAUCAAUAGGGCUAAGGGCCUUAAGCACGUUGUUCAGUGCGUGAUCGUUGCAAUCAAAACGAUCGGCAACAUUUUAUUGGUAACGUCAUUGCUACAAUUCAUGUUCGCCGUCAUGGGAGUGCAAAUGUUCAAGAAUCGUAAUUAUGUUGUAAGAGAUAGAGAAUGGAAACGAAACGACUUCCAUUUUGAUAACGUUAUGAAGGGCAUGCUUACUCUCUUUACGGUUUCUACUUUUGAGGGAUGGCCGGGAUUGCUGUAUGUAUCAAUUGAUUCGAAUGCUGAAGAUCGUGGUCCUAUUACUAACUUCCGUCCAAUUGUUGCAGCGUACUAUAUUAUUUAUAUUAUUAUAAUUGCCUUCUUUAUGGUUAAUAUAUUCGUGGGUUUCGUCAUAGUGACAUUCCAAAACGAGGGUGAACAAGAAUAUAAAAAUUGUGAGUUAGAUAAGAAUCAGAGAAACUGCAUAGAGUUCGCGUUGAAGGCAAAACCGAUAAGAAGAUAUAUUCCUAAACAUCGGAUUCAGUAUAAAGUUUGGUGGUUUGUGACAUCACAGCCUUUUGAAUAUGCUAUUUUUGUGUUAAUCAUGAUCAACACCAUUACCCUCGCCAUGAAGUACCACAAUCAGCCACCAGAAUACAGUAAAGCUCUCGACAUGCUCAACAUGUUAUUCACGGCUGUGUUUGCCUUGGAAUUUAUAUUUAAACUUGCCGCCUUUAGAUUUAAGAAUUACUUCGGUGACGCUUGGAAUACUUUUGAUUUCAUCAUCGUACUAGGAAGCAUCAUUGACAUCGUAGUAUCACAAGUAAAUGAACUCAAAAAUCAGAAGGUAGUUGAGAAACGAUUGAAGGAGACACUGUUGAUUUCAGGGAAGUGGGAUGCCAAGAGCACACGUAGUGAAGUAGUAGGAAUGCAGGUGUUUGGCAAAAUAGCUAUAGACGAUGACACCCCGAUCACAAGAAACAAUCACUUUCAAACAUUUCCGCAAGCUAUUUUGGUGUUGUUUCGUUCAGCUACAGGCGAGGCAUGGCAAGACAUUAUGAUGGGCGUAUCCCCAGAGCCCGAAGUCAAAUGUGACAAGAACUAUGAUGAGGAAGGCGAGGACAGCGGCGGGACGUGUGGCAGUAUUAUCAAUUUGUUUGUUGCUGUAAUUAUGGAUAAUUUCGACUAUUUAACCCGAGACUGGUCAAUAUUGGGACCACAUCACUUAGAUGAAUUUAUAAGAUUAUGGAGUGAAUACGACCCUGACGCAAAGGGUAGAAUAAAACAUUUAGAUGUAGUUACGUUAUUAAGAAAAAUAAGUCCACCGCUUGGAUUUGGUAAACUAUGUCCACAUCGAGUGGCAUGUAAAAGAUUGGUAUCGAUGAACAUGCCUUUAAACUCUGAUGGAACAGUUUUAUUCAACGCGACACUAUUUGCUGUUGUCAGAACUUCGCUAAAGAUAAAAACAGAAGGUAACAUUGAUGACUGCAAUACAGAACUCCGCGCAGUCAUCAAGAAAAUCUGGAAACGAACUUCGCCAAAACUUCUAGAUCAGGUAGUGCCACCACCAGGUGACCCUAAUGAGAUCACAGUGGGUAAAUUCUACGCAACAUUCCUUAUACAGGAUUAUUUUAGAAGGUUUAAGAAGAGGAAAGAACAAGAGAUGAAACAAAGUGAUGAACAAACACACCAGAUGACUCUGCAAGCUGGGCUAAGAACGUUACACGAAGCAGGUCCCGAGCUUAAAAGGGCUAUAUCUGGAAACUUGGAUGAUAUCACUGCCGAAUCUGAUAUACCUAUGCACAGGAGAAAUCAUUCGUUAUUUGGCGGGGUUUGGUCAAGUAUACGAAGGCAUGGACCCAACAGACACUUCCACAGGCAUCGUAAACACGACGAUGCACCUGCAGAUGGUGUCGGAAAUCACUUAAGUUCAAUGAUGCAACGGGAGUAUGGAGUAGCAUCUUUACCGCUUGCACCGAAUCUCGCCAAUGGGCAACCUAAAGAGCAAAUUCCGCUAAGACCAUUAAUUUUUAACGGUGAAUCCGAAAAAAUCUACCAGGUGCUAGAUCAUUCAUUUAACCGAUUCGAGUCCGUCUCGACGUCGAACACAGAGUUUCGGUCGUCGAGACGGAGCCGACGCGAGCGUGCACCCCAUCACAUCGGUCACCGACUAACCACUAACCGCACCCUCGCACUUCAGCAACCAAAAGUCGAACUACCCCGAGAUGCUCGGGCAGAUCGGGCUCGCGUUCGGCUGCGUGAACUACCUGUCGUCCGGCGGUGGGUCGCGGCAGCGCGUACACCCCGAGGAGCCGACCUCCUCCCGCGAGCGGCUCGCCGUCCCGAAGGCGUCGCCGGAGGACCGGACACCGUCGCCGGGCGACGCCGCGAUCCAGCCGAAGAUCUCGCCGCUACUCGCGAGCGAGUUCACGCCGACGACGGAAUCGCGCACGAUGACCCUGUACGGGUACAACGCGGCGGCGCGGCUGCCGUUCGCGUUCUCGCACACGGCGCGCGGCGAGCGGCGGUCGCUGCGCGCGCUGCGGCCGGCGGCGGCGGCGGCAGGUCGGAUGGUGCGCAGCGCGUCGUCGGGCGCGGCGGGCCCGCAUGCCCCGCCCGCGCGCACUCUAGCACACUCAGGUCCGCACGCCGCACCCCCACCGGGGCUUCCUUCACUACCUCCCGAGUUCUCGUCGGCUGA